CCGAAAUCCCAGCGAGCGAGUCUUUUUUGCUCCUCAGCGUUGAGGAACUCGUCGACGUUUCGGCGCGCUGGUUCGAGCAUCUUGUUUGGGAUCCCAGGAAGUUCGUUACUUGGAACUUCUGUCCCGAGGAAGGGCGCGCGGUUCGAUGCUGGGGCGGAGCAGCGGCUUGCGACACUCAGAUCUGGUGUGAGGAGGAGAUGCCGGUGGUGACACGGUCGCGGCUCUCCGCCGCCCGCGGCGACGGCGCGGGCGCGCUGCCGUGGGGCUCGGCGUCGGCGGCGCCGGCUCUGAGGCACGACGCCGGGGCGCCGCGGGAAGGCGUCGCGAGCAAGAACCACCACCACCACCACGGGCUCAAGGAGAAGCUGCGCGCACUCACCCAGGACUACGAGCAGCAAAAGCAGAAGCUCGCCGCGUCGCAGCUCCGCCGCAGCAUCCGGUGCCUCAACGCGUGGGAGGCGAUCAACGACGAGAACGCCGAGGAGGAGGAGGACGGCGGCAGGGUGGCCAAGUUCCGCUACGACGCCUUCGCUCAGGUCCCCGAGUCCGCGGUGCUGAGGGAGAACGUGGCGCCACCGCAGGCGCGAGCACCGUCCAACGACGGCGCCGUGCUCGCGCGGACGACUGAACCGCAGGCGAAGGAGAACGCGGUGGGCCGCGGCGCCAACGCCAUGUCCUGCCCCAUCAAGAAGGCGGUACCGGCGCUCCCGGUGCUUCCGGUGCCACCGGCGAGGAAACUCUCUUUGGGAGGGGCUGUGGGCGGCAAGCUGAAGGCCGCCGGGGAGGUCGGGGCCGGCACUGCCGAGGCGGCGGAGAGCCGGAUCCUCGUGUUCGUGAGGCUGCGCCCCAUGUCGAGGAAGGAGAAGGAGGCCGGGUCGAGGAGUUGCGUCAAGAUCGUCAACAGGAAGGAGGUGUUCCUCACGGAGUCCGCCUCAGAGAACGACUACCUCCGGCUGAAGCGUGGCCGCGAUUCCCAUUUCUGCUUCGACUCGGUUUUCCCUGAUUCUACGACACAGGCAGAAGUCUACAGCACCUCAACAGCAGACCUUGUGGAGGGUGUUCUGCAAGGUAGGAAUGGGACAGUGUUCUGCUAUGGAGCUACAGGGGCUGGCAAGACCUACACCAUGCUUGGGACAAUGGAAAACCCCGGGGUAAUGGUGCUUGCAAUAAAUGAUUUGUUCUCCAAGGUGACGCAGAAGUACCACUCAAUUAAGCUGUCAUACCUCGAGAUAUACAAUGAGACGGUGAGGGAUUUGCUGUCUCCUGGUAGCCCCCUUAACCUGAGAGAAGAUAAGCAGGGAAUUGUUGCUGCUGGUCUUACCCAAAGAAGUGUAUACUCCACGGAUGAGGUCAUGGAGUUACUUCAGAAAGGCAACAAGAAUCGAACAACUGAACCGACUCGAGUAAACGAGACCUCAUCGCGUUCUCAUGCGGUACUGCAGGUUGUCGUAGAAUACAGAUCCUUGGAUGGAGUUAACGUAAAACGAGCCGGGAAACUAUCUCUCAUCGAUCUUGCUGGAUCCGAAAGAGCUCUGGCAACAGAUCAACGCACACAGAGGUCGAUCGAAGGAGCAAACAUUAACCGCUCUCUUCUUGCACUCAGCAGCUGCAUUAACGCCCUUGUGGAGGGCAAGAAGCACAUACCGUAUCGCAAUUCCAAGCUGACCCAACUCCUCAAGGACUCGCUUGGAGGAGCCUGCAACACCGUCAUGAUCGCCAACAUUAGCCCCUCUAACCUUUCCUUCGGCGAGACACAGAACACGCUUCACUGGGCUGAUCGUGCCAAGGAGAUAAAAACAAAGACGCAACAAACCACUGUGAAUGAGGAGGUUCUGGACCAACCAGACUCUGAAACUAUGCUUGUACUGGAGCUUCAGAAGGAAAACCGCGUGCUGAGGGAGCAGUUGGCGAAGCAACAACAGAAAUUACUGACUGCCGAGGCUCAGCUACUCGCUUCAAAAACCUCGCCACAACGAUCUCCUGCUCCCUCGUCUCACGUCUCAACUCCAGGAUCAACUCAAAGGAAGACCAGACGAUCUAUCUUGGCUGCUGGUGGGGGGAACUACUUCAGCACACUGGACUCAAAGAGGCAUGCAGCCGACAACGCACAGGUCAGGGAGCUGCAGAGGAAAGUGAGCACGUUGGAGUCCGAGAUCGAGAAGAUGAAAAAGGAGCACCUAUUGCAGCUGAAGCGGAAGGACGAGUUCAUCCGUGACUUGAUCAACAGGAAGGAUCCUAAUAACAACAGUGAAGAAACAGCAACAGUUGAUAGAAGAGUUGUCACGAGGGCGAGCGUGCGAAAGGCACAGAGAGACGCAUCAGCCGCAGUCGAGCUGAAAAGCCCCAGCCGGGUGUUCACAUCACCGGCGCCAACUGCAAAGAAGCGUACUUUCUGGGACAUCGGAGGCAACAGCCCUUCAGUUCUUGCUGCCAACGGAAGAAAGACUCGAAGCCAUGUGGCAACAGAGACACCGAAGAAAGCAUCCUCCAAGCUGCUUCAGCCAGGAUUUGCACGGCAAACAUCGACCCAUCAAAGAUUCACAUGAAAGACUGCCUACAACUCAUUCAUUACUAAUUGGAGUUUAAUCGAAGUACAUUGUAAUGUUUUUUAGUUUUUUUAUCCAUAUUGAGUUAUUGGAACUGUUUUUUUAAAAUUAACUUGAGGCAGAGUUUUCCUUUUCUUCGGAACAUAUAAGCUUUUUUCCCCAUCUUACUGGUAUUAAUCAGAAAGGCAGCAAUAAUUUUGUGC